CACAAGGAAAUCAACUCUUACUUGCUUUUAAUCCAUUUUCAACAUGUCCCCUGUCCCGGGUUUACGUUAACUGGUCUUGGGAGCUGUCACAAUAGGGGACCAGUUAAGAGAAAGCAGGCUGACGUAAACAGAGUUGUGAUUUAAACCCGGGACAGGGACAUGGUUGAAGAGGUGGUUGGGAAAUCUGAAGACGCAUCUAUCGAAGAGGCCACAUCGGCUUUUCAGAACCUGUCUCUGUCGCCAGACGAGGUUGCCACACAAAAUUGCAAAAGGCGUCGAAAAACUCGAUCUCGACGAACGAAGACGCAGUCUCAGAUUCGCCGACGGACAGGCGCCUCUAGUGGCGAGCAUAGCAAAAGUCAUCCAAAGAUGUCAAAGAAGGGGAGUGAAUCAGCGGCAGCUCAGUCUCAUAAGGAACCUAAAGCAGAAAACAAACGGCCCUCUCACAAAAGACAGAGAUUAGACAACCCAGCUGAGACAAUAAAGAAGAGGACAAAACCUACUUGCAGCACUGGUUCUAACUAAGUGGAUGAGCUGGUGUUUCAUUUUUUUAAGUUAACACUGAGCCCCUGAUGGAUCUGGACUCUUGUUAAAAAAAUUUAUAAGUGAAAAUCAUCGUCAGAAUCUUU